CCUGUGCGCCAAAACGAUCAUACUGCCUCACUUCGACCGUCAGCGAUGGAGAUAAUCAGAUGAAAUAUGAUGAGGAUAUUAUUCUGUGCACGUUUGUCGACGACGGGAAGAAGAAGAAGCAGAGCUGAGACCACGAGCUGCAUUUAUUCAGAAUAACUCAGCAGCUCCAGCACUAACAGGUUUUUGGACACACCGCCAUCUCAACAUGUGCUAAUCUUCUAAGCAUUAUCCAAAAUAUAGUGAACAAGAUUUUGAGCCGCCAACCCCAUCAACAGUCUAGCACCUUGCCCAGCUUCCCUCAUGGCCCACCCUUACGAGCCUUGGUUGCGGACAGCACCCCCAAGUGGCAGCUCAGAAGACAUGAACAUCCCCUCCUGGUGGGAACUCCACAGGGACGUCCAAACAGGGAGCUGGAUUGACCUGCAGACGGGGCAGAAUGUCGGCUUGCCUUCAGUAAAUCCUGGGAGCUCCAUGGGGUUGCAGCACUCUUUAGGGCCCUACGGAUCCGACCCACAGCUGUGCAACCUGCCUCCAUCUCAACUCGCUCCAGCCUCGCACUCAUCCCACCUCUUCUCUCAGGAUGGCUUCAAGAUGGAGCCAAUGGCCCCUGAAAUGCUGCAACAAGAAGCGUACUCCCUGGAGGAACCGCAGGAGAACGCUGUCUCCGCCCGGCCCAAGCCUCAGCGCCGCUCCUCCUCCAGAGGCGGGGGCCAGACUGCGUGUCGCUGCCCUAACUGCGUGCAUGCUGAACAGCUGGGCCAGAGCACGGAUGACAGCAGGAGGAAGCACAUGCACAACUGCCACAUCCCCGGCUGCGGCAAAGCCUACGCCAAGACCUCGCAUCUGAAGGCUCACCUGCGAUGGCACAGUGGGGACCGGCCCUUCGUCUGCAACUGGCUCUUCUGCGGCAAGAGAUUCACACGCUCUGAUGAACUGCAGCGCCACCUUCAGACGCACACCGGUGCUAAGAAGUUCAGCUGCGCAUUAUGCCCCAGAGUGUUCAUGCGCAAUGACCACCUGGCCAAACACAUGCGCACACACGAGUCCCCGCCAGGACACGGGGAGGAGAGGGUGAAUGGAGACGGGAGGAUGGAUAAAGGCUUCGAUACACCCACCCCUCCUCAGUCUUCCUCAAACGUGUCCGACAACACAGAGCCACCACUGAAGCUGAAAUGUGAGACGGACCCCUCAGUCUCCAGCGUGACAGGGCAGUCUGGGUAAUUUCAUCACUUUCUGAGGCAUUUUUUGCAGUUAAGGGUUAACAUUUUUUUCCCUCUUUAUCAUAGAGUUGUCUUGGUUUUACAAUAGAAUAGAAAGUAGAAAAAAGGUUUGGACAAACUUUCACUGAUGGAAGUCUGAUGGGAGAGAAAGUGUUUCUUGUGUAUCUAUCAACUAGGCAAACUCUGAUAGUAUAAAUGUUUUAGCACACAGAAAAACUGUAAUUUAUUCAUAGUAUAAUUGACUGAUUCUGUGGAUUCAAGUGAAAGGUGGCUAAGGAGGCGAUCAAGCUGAAGCUGCAGCUUGUUGCUGGACUUCUGUUGCUGCUAGAGCUUCUGCUACCAGUAGACCAAAGAUUAACUGAAGGUAGCAACUUGUUUACAAUGAAAUUAAUCAAAUGUAUUGCUGGAGGUGUUGGAGAAAUGUUUGUCUCCAACACAGUUUAAUACACUAAUGUCAAAGGUAGCAUGCUUUUGAACGGAGAAAAGAGACAGUUUUUUGUUUAAGUGGUGUGUAUCCUUCUGCGCAAGUUGUGAUAAGCCACUGGAACAUAAUACAGCAUGUCGUUUUUAAACGGUCAGUUGCCAUUUGGAUGGUGAAAGUUCAUGCGACAGAACUGUGUGUGUGGAUGUUGGUAUGUAAGUGAUUAAAUGGUACUUUUACUAAAGUACAACAGACAAUAAUGCUGUACUAUGGCAGCAUGCUAUAAUGUUGGUGAAUAUAUAAUAUAAUAUAAAAAUGGGAAUUGAAUGCACUACAAAGGCGUAUUUACCAAAAAUGUGUGUUUCUGUUGCCACUUCUGGCAUAACACUUAAUGAUGAGAAUGUGAACACUGGUCCAGGUUACCAGAUGAGAACAACAAGAUGUGACAAUGAUAUCAAAAAAGAAAAAAAUGUUAAGGAGUCAGACCCACUCAAAGAGCUUAGCGUCAUGAUCACAAAAAAUGGACGUGGAGAGAAAUCGAUCAUAUUUGGCAUCAACUGGACUCCACAGGGCGGUAUGCCAACAGUGCUGUUGCUGAGUUACACUAAGCAGGGUAGUUUACCACACAGUGCCCUGUGCAGGCACAAGAUUUAAAGCUGCACCAAACAAUGUUUUUAUAUAACCAAUAGAUUCAAUUACUUGCCCAUAGAAAAACAUUGUUCCCAUUCAACUAAAUUACAUUGUCAUUUUUCUUUUGUGUCCCUGAUCACAUUUGUUUUAAACGGGCAAAUCCAAAGAAACACAGGUCUUUCACCGAGGUAUUGUUCGGUUUUCCAUCUCCAAACUAUACUGUAUUCUCACAGCUCUCAUCCACGUCAACGUCUUUAAACGGUAAAAAUAUGUCAAUUUUGCAUCUACGGUUUUUUCUGCUGCCCCCAAGUGGCCAAAAAAAGAUACUGCUUCACAGGUCACAAAGGGUGUAACAGAAAAUCCCAAAAGAACUUACCGUGAAUUCAUGCCUCAAGAGGUUCAGACGUCGUGGAAGGUGGCAGAAGGAUUUCCUACUGAUCCAGGUGUACCUCAUUAUGUGGGUUGAUACAUUUCUUCAAAAUACCAUCAGCUCGAUACCUAUUUGCAUGUGGGAUCAAGCUAUAGUCGCAAUUAUCGACAAACAGUCUGUAAAGGGCUUAUCUCUCAACACAUUAGAUUAAGAUCUCUUCAUGUGUCUGCAGUUUUUCCAUGUUCCACAACUCAUUUAACAAUCCAUUUUUGUAACACGACACCCAUUGGAUUCUGGAUAAGCAUGCAGAAAAAGGUUGCUAGCAAUCUAGCUAAUGAAACAAAAUGCAAGAAAACAACAGGCAGAAUAAUUUGUUAAGGUUAACUUUCAUAAUCUAUAUGAAUUGAUCACUAGUUCUGUAGCGGGCAGUGUGAGCAGCACUAUUAGGAUGUAUGUAACCCAUCACAGACAUUAGGCUGAGAUUUCUUUAUAUUAGGGGCUUGCAUUAUUGGAGGCUCAAUAUUGCUGUAUUUAUGUAUAGAAUAUACUAAAUGGAAGACCAUGUUAAACAUUAGUCAAUUGCUGUGUUUUGACUAUUAAUAAUAUGAUAUUUUGUUGAUGUUAUUGAUAGUCUUUUCUAUGUUGGUCAGUAGAGCAAGAUGGACACAUUUUUUAAUUGGUUGCUAUAGUAAAUGUUUUAGUUGGCUGCAAUAAAAUAGAUUUUAAAACGUUUAAUAAGUUAAGUAUCAUGGUGUAAUAACUUGUAUUUAAUCUAUUGUUGUCUUUUAAAUAAAAAAAAUUAUAUUCUG